AUGACUACAGUGACAAUAACUGAAACUUUUUUUGGCGUAACAGAGAAUGGAAAUGAAAUAAAAAAAUAUACUCUUUCAACAACAGAUGGCUUUGAAGUUGCUUUAAUUAAUUAUGGUGCAACAAUUCAAUCCAUUCGACAACCAGAUAAACAAAAUAAAGUCACAGAAAUUACACUUGGUUAUGAUACUCUUCAAGAGUAUAUUGAUGAUGCAUAUUUUUUCGGUUGUACAGUUGGCCGAGUGACGAACCGAAUAAGAAACGGUCGUUUUGAAUUAGAUGGAACUAUUUAUGAAUUACCUAAGAAUGAUGGUAUAAAAAAACAUUAUUUACAUGGUAGUUUUAAUAAACGUGUAUGGGAUAGUUCAACAGAAAAUAAUAAUACUGUUGUCUUUAAAUAUCGAAGUCCAGAUGAUGAAGAUGGAUUUCCAGGUGAAGUUGAUGUUACUGUCAAAUAUGUGUUGACAAGUGAUCAUCGACUAACACUUGAUUUUCAUGCAACGACAACAAAACCAACACCCGUAAAUAUGACAAAUCAUGUUUAUUUUAAUCUUGCUGGACAUGCAAAUGGAUCGAUACUUGAUCAUCAACUAAUAGUACCAGCUAGUAAAUUCCUUCCAUCAGAUGAAGAAUUUAUUCCUACAGGUAUAGUAUUGACAAUGCUUCUGAUUAAUGUUACUUUUUCUUUAGGAGAAAUAAAUUCAGUAGAGAAUACUCCAUACGAUUUUCAAACAUUAACUCGUAUUGGUGAUCGUAUUAAUGCAUCGGUUGAUGGCUAUGCUAUGAUGUUUAUUGUAGAUGGUGAAGGAAAGCGUCCAUUUGGCAAACUUGUUCAUGAGCAAAGCGGUCGAGCGAUAACUAUUGAUUCAACACAAAAAGGUCUUCAAUUUUAUACAGGAGAUUUUCUUGAUGGUAGUAAAGGACAUGAUGGAGUAGUAUAUAAGAGGCAUGGUGCAUUGUGUUUAGAAACUCAGAAUUUUAAUGAUAGCGUUAAUAAUCAACCUUUAUUUGCAAGUACGAUUCUUCGUCCUGGUGAAGAAUAUCAUGAACAAACAACCUUUCAUUUUCAUUUGGAAUAA